AUGUCCACCUCGGCAGAUCGAACGUACGAGCAGCAGAACGACUCGGCUCUCGACACCCUCUAUUCAAAAGUCUCUUCGCUGCGCUCUGUGACGAUCGAUAUUCACAACGACUCGGAGAACCAGCGCUCUGGACUGCUGUCGAAUACAUCGGAGCAGUUUGACAACUUCGGUGCUCAACUGCAACGCACCUCGAACCACUUUUCGAGGACCAUUGUCAACGGCGCUCGUCAGCAUCGUCUGACGCUCUACAUUAACCAGGUCGUCACCAGCGAAACAAGCACAAGCUUCGCAACACUUCGCGCAACGACUCGACCUCUAUCGUCGAGGCAUAUCGGCCCCGCAUCCUCGACCCGGAUCACCUACAGCACCUCCGCCGCAGCACCGCCACCGCUCAAGUCAUGUCCCAACUGCGGUGAAGCACAACCUCUGGAAUCGCUCUCGUGCCCCAAAUGCAACACGUUGCAGCCGCUCCCCUCAGACAUCGACUUUUUCAAAGCCAUGGACCUCGACUUCGCCUCGGUGCCCAAGGGCGGGUGGGAGAUUGACACCUCUGCGCUCAAGCGGGCGUGGCGACUCAAAAUGGCCGUGACGCACCCGGAUCGCAUGGUGGGACGCACCGACAAGGAGCAGCAGAUCGGAGCACAGCAGAGCGCGCUCAUCAACCGUGCGUACGAGACGCUGCUCAAUCCGCUCCCGCGUGCGCACUACCUGCUCGAGCGACACGGGGCGUCCGAGGUGUCUGAAUCCGACUCGCUUGAGGACCCAGAACUGCUCAUGGAGGUCAUGGAGCUGCGCGAGAGGCUGGAGGAGGCCGAGAACGAAGAUGAGGCGGCGGAGGUGCGGGCAGAUAACGCUAAGCUGUUGCAAGGCAGCGUCGACGUGCUGGCCCAAGCGUUUGGAGAGUCGCCUCCGGAUCUCGAGACGGCUAGAGAGGCGGCUGUGCAGUUGCGAUAUUGGACCAAUAUCGAGAAGGCGGCGAGGGAGUGGUCGCCAGGAAAAAGGGUCGAGCUGCAGCACUGA